AUGGCCUCAAGUACCACCAAGGCCGACGACAAGCCGGCCGCCGCGUCGACGACCACGCCCGCCGACGCGAAGCCCGACGCCGCCAAGGCCGUGACGCUCGGCGAGGACGACGAGUUUGAAGACUUUCCCGUCGACGACUGGGCGCCCGAGGAGACGGAGGCGGCAGGCGACGGCACGACGACCAGCAAGCACCUGUGGGAGGAGUCGUGGGACGACGACGACACGAGCGACGACUUUUCGGCGCAGUUGAAGGAGGAGAUCAAAAAGGUCGAGGCGGGCAAGAGACGGUAG